AUGGAUGACAAACAGGCGUUCUUUGUACGCUGCAUAGAUGGAAAGACAUUUAAGAUGGUGAUUCGGGGGGACCUGGGGAAGUUAACUGUUGGAAAGAUUAGGCGAUACCUAAAAUCAUACGGUGUCCAAGAUGGGAUGCAGCUACUCUUCAACGGUUUGUCGCUUGCGGACGAGCAGGUGGGCAGCGAUUUUGGCCUUUGCAAUGGUGCCACGCUGCAUUUGGGUCCUCCAUCGUUUAGUGAACCUGCGGUCCCACAACGGACUCAUGGCCAAGGCUUUAGUGACGAGGCAGCUGGUUCAAGGACCGGAGACCCAACUGAUACACCUCAUUCAUCUCUGAGUGGUGACUCGCGGGAACGUAACUCAAAAGCGGACUCCACGCAUCGUGACCCGUGUGGUGGGUUAAGUCAUGCCGAUCCAGCGAGAGGGACUGCCACUUACUCAGGGGGACGUUAUAAUGUGGAUAAAGGGAUCCCUGUUACCGCUACCUCUGCAACGAAAACAAAUAUUGAUAGGAUCCCCAGCGCCGAUUUGACUAGUCACAGUGGUUUCCCGGUGGCUCUCGAAGUAGAGAACCAGCAACUGCGCGAACAGGUGGAGUUACUGCGUCGGGAGGUCGCCGACUUGAGGCAAAAGAACAAGGCGCCGCGCGCCACGGUAUUGCGACAGGAUCUCACAUCAAUAGAGGUGCUGCAGAGUGCUAAAUCCAACCUGCAAGAACUUGCUGAAGAACUUGGUGUUCCACUUCAAUUCGAUACGAACUUCACUUGUGUGGUGGGUGAUGACGAGAGCCACACCGUCUUGGUUACCUUUGACUGUGUCACUGAGCGUCUCUAUAUAUAUUCCACCCUCCUCACUCAAAUUCCGCAUGAUGGUGAGGUUCGCGCCAAGUUGUAUGAACUUCUACUGGAGGGUUCAUUGCUUAGCCGCGAGGUUUGUGGCGGUGGCAUCGGCAUAUCACCGCAGAACGGUCUCGUGCUUCUCUCUACCACCAUACCUCUGCGGCACUGCAACUCCUCCGCGUUGAAGGAUAUCAUGCCGGUGUUUGUUGAAACAGUUGCGCGCUGGCGUUCGCUCAUAAAUGAACUGCUUAACUAG